AUGGCGAUGAUGAUGGCUGGCCGUGUGCUGCUGGUGUGUGCCCUCUGCGUGCUGUGGUGCGUUGCCGGCGGUGGUUUUGGUGAGGAAGAUACGCGGGAUGAAUUCUGCAAUAACACGUACUUGGGGGUUUUGACUUUACUUGCGAAUGAGACUGAUAAGGAGCUUGCGGAGAAAUACUGCAAAAACACGGA